CUCCAUUUUUUCAAUCUAUUUCAUGCUAUCCCCGUUUGAGAGGUGUCUCGAAAGGCUGAAAGCCAAGUACCUUUAUACGCCGGGCCCAUUAUCGCAAGCUAGGGUUUUUAUCCACCCUUUAAAACCAGAUUCCAAAACCUUGGGCAUAUGCUAUCCCUUCCUCCUACACCACCUGCCCCAAGAGAAAAUGAUGGUAUUUUCUGGCAAUGUCUGUGUCUACGGAGAUAUUUCUAUGGUGAUGUUUUUAGUUUGAUGCACUAUGAAUUGUACCAUGUCCAGUUCCAUCAGUACCAGAUGGUGGGUAGAGCUCUGCCAAAUACGGAACAUUCGAAGAUCUACCGAAUAAGACACUGUCCCAUAGAGUACUUGCAAGGGAUAAUGCCGCACAAAACUCGACCUAUGACUGCGCUUUUGCUCUUCACUGGAGUGAAUGUUGUUCUGGUGUCAACAAUUGGCCCUGUCUAUGAUUUUGUUUGCUUCCUUCCGUACUGGGAAAGGAGGAGAGAACGUCGGCGCCUGGAACGUGAAGCUGCCUCUUCCAAAGGUUUAGCAUAAUCAUAAGAGUAUUAAAUUAAAUAAAGGGUAUAUUGUAAUUUUUUAAAAAACAUUGGGCUUUGUUCGCGAUUGUUAUAAGUUCAUGAUGCAUCUGAUGAUGUAGGGAUACUUGUAAAUGUUUUUGUGUUAAAUGUCUUCGGAGUACACAGGAAUGUUUUCGGAGCACACAGGAAUGCAAAUUAUUAUAGCCUUUUAUUAAAGAUGGUUGAUUGUAUCCCAUGAAAUCUGUUAGUUACUGUGUUUGUGAAGGUGAAAACUUUGGGUUCUGAUCCAUAUAUGAUUAUGAAAGCCUUUAUUUUUAUGGUGCUGUGGAGAUUUUUUUUUUUAAAAUGUCUUCUUAAGUAGCUUCACCAUUGAAACCAUAUAUUGUGUAGGGCUCGACUGCUCACGAACUGCAAAGAAGAAUAUUCAGUUCUUGUAGUACUAUCUGUUUUAGUUGCAC